AUGGCAAACUGGAUGCGCGAAGCAGGCUUCAUCGUGUCGCAAGAGCCCAGGCCGAUACCCCUGGCGACAUGCGGCUGGCCUCGAAGUUCCGCCCAGCGUGAGAUUGGUGUGGCCAAUAGGGAGAACGUGCGCAGCUUGUUGUCAUCAAUGGCAGCGUACCCGAUGACAGUGUUUCAAGGCAUGGCCUCUGCAGACUUCGAGCUCUUGGUGGCACAAGCUAGAAACGAGGCCGACAAUCCGAGGUUCAAGGCCAAAAGCCACAGUAGGCAGGACUCACGCGUCCAGUGGAAAGGGCCGGUCAAGCGGACGGUAUAA